UAUGAGGAUGUGGCCUAGAGCUUAUAAGCAAAAGAAACUAUUGACAUGUUGCUGGACAAUCACCUGAUUUCAGGCACCAUUACGACGUCAUGCAAUAUCCGGGAAUCGGAUUUAGAGGAAAAGUGUGUAUUGAUCGUCGCUCUCAGGGGUCCUUCAUUCAGGGGUUCCAGGAACGGAAACCGACAUUCGGGACGGCGCGCUCACCCGGAAACAAGGGGUAAAGAUCAUGAUCCCCCCACGAUCUACAACAACCUCGUGAUAGGGUGGUGGUUGGAGGAUUGGAUUGUCUCGGCGAUGAAUCCAGGUGGACUUCAAGACAAGAUGAGACUUGUAGAUAUGAAAGAGGCCUGACCUCCAGCCGGAAGAGAGGACUAGUUCAUGGACACAUCAGCUUUAUAUCCAACUCAAAGAUGGACCCUGACUCACCAGCAACCAAACGACGUCGGAUCGAAGACACAGGGUCCAACUCGGCGGAGUUUCAACACCAAAGCCAGCAUCACAACACCAAUGCCAAGACAGCCAAGACUGACCUUGAACCUCCAUCUACCAGUGGCGCCUCCAGCGGAGACUUUCGGUACACCGCUUCCCCAAACCCUACAACCAUGACAAUAUCGUCGCCAAUCAGGUUCCAAGACUUUUUAACCGAGACAACUGGCGAGACACGGCGCCCGGAAGAGUCCGAGGGGCCUGGACCUAACAAAACUGAAGCUGAGGAAGACGUCAACGUCAGAGAGCGCCACAACAGCAUUGGGAGGAGAUAUCGAAACAAACUCAACGAGCAGUUUGAUAAUUUGCAGGCACUCUUGUCACAGCAGAGCCGAGACGGGGAAGAUGACAAUGGAGACAGGGAGUCCCAAGAGCCAGACGAUGACAGCAACAACAACAACAACACCACCACCAGGGACUCCAGCUCUUCACCAACUCUUGUCAAGAAAUGCCGAAAGGGACGGGGUAUCAACAAGGCCAGUUUGCUGGAGAUGGCCAAAGUCCGGAUUGAGACGCUCACGGAGCAAAGAGAGAUGUUGAUAGCCGAGGUAGAACAGCUGGAGAAGGAGUUAGCGGAGGAGGGAGCGAAGAAAGCAGGUGGAAGACAUGACACUUGCUGAUGUAAUUAAUCCCAGAUAGAGCCUUUCAGUUCUUUCCCCCCAAAGCAACAAUAACGAGAAACCGAUUCCAACAGACAGGCACGCAGGCCAUAAAUCCCACCAGCACUAAAUGCUCCAAUCA